AUGAGCGCACCUAAGCCUGACCUUGCGCCCGAGAAGGCUUUUGAGGCGCCCGCCAACGAUUCAAGCGGAGCGGAUAGUCCUUCCGAGGUCGAGAUUGGGGACGAUGCCGUGAACGAGAAAUCAUUACUGAGGAAGCUCGACGCAAAGCUUCUCCCGGCUGUCGGCAUCUUGUAUCUCCUGUCGUUCCUUGACAGAUCCAAUGUCGGUAACGCAAGAAUUGAGGGUCUCACGGAUGACCUGGGCAUGACUGGCAACGAAUAUCUUACCGGCUUGACACUUUACUUUAUCGGUUAUGUCCUAUUUGAAAUUCCAUGCAAUAUCAUCCUCAAAAGAACAACCCCUCGGUUUUGGCUCCCAACACUCACCAUUGCCUGGGGAAUCGUGGCAACUCUGAUGGGUAUCUGCACGAACAUGGCCGGUUUCUUCGUUGCGCGGUUCUUUCUGGGUGUCACAGAAAGCGGUCUCUUUCCUGGUGUAGUUUUCUACUUCUCGAUGUGGUACAAGCGUCGUGAACGCCAAUACCGUAUUUCCCUAUUCUUCAGUGCGGCCUCUCUUGCUGGAGCCUUCGGUGGUAUCCUCGCUUGGGGCAUUGGACAUAUGAAAGGCAUUGUAUGGGAAAACGGUUGGCGAUGGAUCUUCAUUCUGGAAGGUAUUGCUACCGUUGUUAUCGCAGUCGCUGCCUACUGGUUCAUCCAGAACUAUCCCGACACCGCUCUCUUCCUUUCCGACAAGGAGCGACGCUUCAUACGAUCCAGACUUGCGUCAGACAGCGACGCAACUCAUAAUGAGCGCUUCACAUGGGGCAAUGUCUUGGAUGCAAUCAAGGACCCUAAAUGUUGGCUUUAUGGACUCGGAUUCCACACCAUGAGCUUGCCACUAUACACCUUUUCUCUCUUCUUGCCCACCAUCAUCAAGAACCUCGGAUAUACAGCUGCCAAAGCCCAGCUCCUUACCAUUCCGCCUUACGCUCUUGCCUUUGCCACAACACUAACUGUCGCAAUCUACUCUGAACGGACCGGCCGCCGAGCGUUCUUCAUCAUGGGAUCUUCAGCAUUUGCUGCUAUUGGCUACAUCAUCCUUCUCGCCAACAGUGACCCUGCCGGCAAGCCCGGCGUCUCCUACCUCGGAACUUUCUUCGCAGCGGGAGGUAUUUAUCCCGCAACCGCUCUCGUCCUGUCGUGGCCUGCUAUCAACGUGUCCGGUCAGACGAAGCGUGCUGUCGGCAACGCAAUGCAAAUCACCAUUGGAAACCUCGGUGCAGUGUUGGGAACUCAGCUAUAUCGUUCGAAUGACGGCCCAAGAUAUAUCGUGGGACACUCUUUCGCUCUUGGAUACCUUGUCGCAAAUAUCGUGGUAUGUACUAUCUUGUACUUUGUUCUCAAGGGAGAAAACAAGAAGCGCGAGGCAAUCGCUGAGGAGGUCAAUGCCAUUGGUGACUUGAACGACUGGCCUGGCGACAAGGACCCCAGAUGGCGGUUCCAAUACUGA